AAGGUCGUCAUCUAUUUCUUCCUCGUUAAGCGUAUCUAUAUCGUACGCUCCCGACGCUAUAAGCGUCUAACCGACCAUUACUACUUAGUAAAUAUAACUAUCGUCGUGUUAGGCUUUAGAUCCAUCGCCAUUCUUUCUUUUAUGUUCCCCGUCGCCGAGUUUACCGACAGCAAAUAUUACAUCGGCCUCCCUUUUAAAAUCACUCUACCGCUUUUAAUAUACGAUAUCACCAUCAACCUCUAUCUAACUAGCUACUUUCUACACUUUGUACACCCUAGCAUU